AUGAUCCUCCUCCAAGCCGCCUACACCACUACGCUCCUCACUCUCCUCUACCUGGUUAUCAGAUCCAUCUACCGUCUGUCGCCAGCCCACUCCCUCUCCCGCAUCCCAGGCCCCUUCCUGCCGCGCCUGUCAUCCCUCUGGCUCGUCUACCACGCCUGGAUCGGCGACGAGUGUACCGCCGUUCACAAGCUGCACCAGAAGUACGGUCCUAUCGUCCGCACGGGUCCAUCUUCCGUCGACAUUGCGGAUGGAGAGGCUCUUCAAACGACCUAUGUAGACAGAAGCGGCUUCCGCAAAGCCUCCUUCUAUCGCAACUUCGACAUCGACGGCCACGCCUCGAUCUUCUCGGAGCUAGACAACGCUCCGAGAGCAGCGAGGGCGAAAGCAGUAGCCGCGCUGUUCAGUACCGCUGAUCUACGACAAGGGCAAGGGGUUAUCGACAGCUGCAUCACCCAAUGGAUAGAUCGGAUACGCGCGGCUGCUCGUUCAGGUCGGCCUGUCAAUGUGCUUGACCUCGCACGGUCACUGGCUGUGGAUGUUGUAUCGUCUUACCUUUUCGGGAAGCAGUACGGUGGGUUGACUCAGCCCAACGACGCUCAAAGCGAAGGACACGAAGAGCUUUCGGCAAGUGGGAUGGUCAACAGCUUCGUCGCCGUCGGCCGCUACUGGUAUCUGCCCACCUGGGCAUUCAAUUGGCUUGCGUGGGCGGAGUCAAAGCUGUAUCCGGACUGGAAGGUCUUCGAGAGCAUUGGCGUUGUGGAUGCUUUUGUGGAGGAAGUCGUCGAUACGACUGUGUCCGAGAAACAACAGGGGAAGGCAACGUACCAAGGAAAAUUGCUCGACGCGGGCUUCAACGUCAGCGAAGUCAAGGCGCAGUGCAAAGAUUUGAUGUUCGCCGGCACCGACAGCACGGGCAUGAACCUGGCGACGAUUCUGUUCAUGCUUGCAAAGCACCCUGAGACAUACACUCGCCUGUGCUCUGAGCUCAAAACCCACCCACCAGACACGACCGACAUUCAAUCCCUGCCCUACCUCCGCGGCGUCAUCAGAGAAGGCCUGAGGAUAUCCAUGGCCAACCCCUCCCGUCUCCCGCGCGUCGUCCCCAGAGGCGGCUGGACCUUCAAGGGCACAUAUUUCCCGGAUGGCACAGAGGUGUCUUGCACACCAUUCGAACUACACUUCAACCCGACCACCUUCCCCGAUCCACACGAAUUCAGACCCGAGCGGUGGCUAAACCCAACAGACGAGAUGAGUCGCGACGCGAUCCCCUGGGGCCUCGGUCUGCGACAGUGCAUCGCGCGCAACCUCGCGACCUGGGAGUUGUACGCUGCUGUGCCUGCAGCAGUGAGGGCCGAUGUUCUCAAUGGCGCAACGUGCUGUCACGACAAGAUCGAGAUUCUGGAGUGGUUCAACUCGAAGGUUAUGGAUGAGAAGAUCGAGUUGGUCUGGGCAUCAUUAUGA